UUUCAGAUUCACUCUCCUACUUGAAACCUGAAAACAUUGGAUCACACUAAAUUUUACUGAUUUCAGGGAGGAAAAGCCGUCAAAGAUGUCCAGCAAAACAGCAAGCACUAACAACAUAGCCCAGGCUAGGAGAACGGUGCAGCAGUUAAGAUUGGAAGCCUCCAUUGAACGAAUAAAGGUCUCAAAGGCAUCAGCAGACCUCAUGUCCUACUGUGAGGAGCAUGCCAGGAGUGACCCUCUGCUGAUAGGCAUACCAACCUCCGAAAACCCUUUCAAGGAUAAGAAAACCUGCACCAUCUUAUAGUGCAAUAGGGAACCAGCUCCUUCCUCACCUCUUCUCAACAAGCAAAUUACGAGCAGCUCCUCGAAGAGCUGUGCCUUCAGCUUGUCUGGUAACCACUGCUAAUAACUAAAAUGUUCUUCACUUGGAAUAAUGGACUCUGAAGUCUUUAUUUGCCAAGUUGCCCUGUCCUUAAAAUACCUUUGCUGAUUUCAUACAGAAUAACCAUCUUGUUUUCCACUAUGGUAUUCUACUAGAUUACUAUAUAAAGUUGGCCUGGGCCUUUUAAAGAAUAUAAUUACAUCCUUUAAAUAUACCAUUGAUUCUGAUUUGUCAAGACCUAAAUUGCCUAAGCAACUGUCAAAUUAAAAGGCCAAGAAUUACUUCAGUCCUGAAAACCCUUUGUAUUAUGUUAUGCUCUUAAUAAAGUUUGUGCCAAGCUGUACAGUGUACGAGGGGGAGGGGUGUACUGUGUAUGUGUACAUCAUUGCAAAUGCUUACUUUCCUGUUAAGACACACUUCUCUUUAAUAUCAGUUAAUUCCAUAAGUUAUCAAUUUUUCUUGAGCUGUGUUUAGGUAGAAGAAACAAUUCUUUCCUUAAAUUUAUUGUAUACCAAGUAAAGAAAGACCCCCCUAGGGAUAUUGUGUUCAAUUGUAAUCAAGUAUAACAGUCAACUCUUCUUUCUUGAAAUCUAGCUGGAGCUCUCAGCCUCUGAUAAACCAUACCAAUUAAACAUUAAAAGCUAAACUGAAGCCCUUUGCUAUGGUAUUCAUCCAUGAGACCCUUUUGAGUUUCAGUGAUCCUGAGUCUAGAAAAGGAGAGAAGGCCCUUGGGAGGAUCCAAGGCAUCUAUACUGCAGGGUUCGUGGUCUCCGGUGAAUUCAAGGGAAACACCUAAAAUUUCUACCCUGGCGAUUAGAAUGAGACAGACAGUGAUCUAUGAGUGCAACCAAGAUAGUAGCAGAAAUAUGUCCAACCUGCUGCUCUGCUUGACCCAGUUCUGCACGUCAACCUCUGUCUUCUCCCUCACCUGCCUUGGAUCUUUCCUCUCCCAUUAAUGUCUCUGUCUUCCGCUGUUCUUCAGAUAACCUCAGUUUCAUCCCUGCCUUGUCCAGAGACCACCCAAGGGGAGGGUGGGCCUCCAGAGCUAUGAGGGGACUUGUAUGUGGAGGGCACUCCUUGGCCCAGAGUUUCCAGUGACUAAUAUUCAUCCCUCUGAUCAUGAAGGUAGCAUCCUCAAAAGGUCUGAUGGCCAAGGGCCAUAGUGACCCUGUCACAGCAAAAGAGAGGUUCCUUUUUAUUAUUAAGUAGUUGUACAAAGAGGUUACAGUUCCCUAAGUCAGGUUAUAUGUGCCAUGCAUCUUGAUCAAUGCCAGCCCUUCCAUUGUUUCUGCCCAACCCCCCUCCCCCAUUCAUACCCUCAAGUUACCUAACUCAAUUUUUGUAUAACGUACAUUGAAUAUAAUGACUGGCUUCUUUUUAAAUGUUCUUUUGAGGGCCCAAACCAUACAUUAAGCCUUAAUACUUUUUUUCCCCAAUUUAUUAAAGUUAAUACUAGUGAAGGAUUUAAAACUUAUUCUUAAAAAGAAUUCAAUCCCCAGAAAGAGAUAUUUACAACACUUUUCCUUUCCUUACAUAUUAUGCCCUGAAAAGCAAUCCUUUUUAAAAAGCUUUGAAUACCAUGCUGUUGAUGGGGAACAAAGGCCCAGAGAUUCUCAAUAUUCUCUGGGUCCCUCAUCUGCUUGGCAGUCUUGAGAGUCACACAGUAAACUUGGGAAAGCCCUAGCACUGCCUUCCCCUUGCUUCUGCCAUGUGCUCACUUCCCCAGCAAAUUAUAGGGACCUGGCUAGGAAGAAGAAAGCUUUUACCUUUCAAAAGUGGAAAUCAGAAACGUUC